AUGUCCUCCUCAGGGUCCUCCGACGACACCGGCGACGACUCGCGCCGCUCAGAUGCGCUGCUUCCCAGCAGCGAGGAGACCGCGCCCGUCGACAAGCUCGACACCGUCCAGGACGUCCUCGUGCUCCCGGACACCUCCCGCUCGUCGUCCCCGUCCCCGCCGCCCACCGCCGUGCCCGGCCCGCACGCCCGCCUGCUCUCCGACGAGAGCGCGUCCGGCUCGCCCGUGUCCCGCGCGCUCUCCCUCACCCCCACCUUCGUCUCCUCCCCGCUCAACCCCAACUUCACCCCGGGCGCCGCCACCCCGCGCCCGCGCAAGUCGUCCCGCGCCAACACCCUCGCCGCCAUCCAGCGCGUCGCCUCCGAGGACGCCCACGCCCUCGCCGCAGACUCCCGCCGCGGCUCCAUGAUCCUCUACCGCCUCGCCAGCGACGACCUCGGCGAUCUCCCCUCGCCCCCGCCCCUCCGCGAGCACCGUGCCAGCCUCGCCUCAUCUUCCGGCGACUCCGUCCUCUCCCUAUCCUACGACAGCAAGUACCCCGCCGGCUCCGUCUCCAGCUCCCGCCGUGGCUUCAUCCCCUACGCCUACGACCCCGCCCUCGACGACAAGCACGAGGGCCCCGAGGACGACGACUACAUCUACGAGCCCGCCUACGGCGAGUCGAGUCGCUGGUGGAACACCCUCAGCUGGCGCGGCAUCUUCAACAUCGCCAUGCUCGUCGCGGUGACCUGCUCCCUGCUUGCGUUGUUUAUAUCCUACCCGAUCGUCUCUUUUUAUCACAACGGCACCCUCGACCACAUCGCAAACGACAACCACAUCAACUCCACGGGUCAAUACGAUCUCACCGUCCAGUCGAACGUGCGGAGAUAUCCGCUGCCAGUCCUCGAGGAUCGCCGGCCCUAG